GCUGCGCAGCGCAGGGAAAUUGGCAAAACUGAAAUUAGCCAGGGCUGGGGUAAUGUUUACAGCUUGAGAAAGCUUAGCAACUUCAUUCAUCAGAGGAGUUCCCACAAUCAAUAUUUGUUUUCCGAAGAAAAGACAAAACAACAACAAAAAGAUAGAAGGAAGGAGAGAAAAAUCUGAAAACUGAAAAGAGCCUUUCUAUUUGUUUCUCAGUCUGGUCGCGACCAGGAUUACAGAAAGUUGGAACGUUAUGGAGUGGGGAUCAGAGCUGUGGGACCAAUACGACAUCAUAGAACGGCAGACCCAGUGGGGGAUCGAGCUAGUGGAGAAAUAUGUGAAGUUUGUGAAGGAUCGCAGCGAAAUAGAACAGAGUUACGCCAAGCAGCUGAGGGCCUUGGUGAAGAAAUAUAGCCCCAAGCGAGUCUCGAAAGAAGACCAUGAACUGAAGUUUUCCCAGUAUGAAACCUUCAUCAACAUCCUCAAUGAGCUGAAUGACUAUGCUGGGCAGCGAGAGGUUAUUGCAGAGAAUCUGAUGCAGUACAUCUUUGCUGAACUGAUGAAAUACUUGCAGGAAAAUAAGCAGGAACGCAAGAUGCAUCUUCUAGAGGGAAGAAAAGCCCAGCAGAACCUGGAAGUUAGCUUUAAACAGCUGGAUAACGCCAAGAGAAGGUUUGAGCGAGAUUGCAAGGAGGCAGAGAAAGCACAGCAGAAUGCCGAGAAGGUCGACAACGACAUCAACACAACCAAAGCUGAUGUGGAAAAGGCAAAACAGCAAGCAAAUCUGCGGAACCACAUGGCAGAAGAAAGCAAAAAUGAGUACGCCUCUCAGCUACAGAAAUACAACAAGGACCAGAACCAAUUUUACUUUGAGGAAAUGCCCAAUGUUUUCAAUAAGCUUCAGGACAUGGACGAGCGGCGAACACGGAAACUCUGUGAGGCCUACAAGAUGUUUGCGGACACGGAGCGGAAGGUCAUGCCCAUCAUUGGGAAGUGUCUGGAUGAGAUGACGAAAGCCGCAGAGUCUGUGAAUGAAAAUGGCGAUUCUCGUGUUUUGAUUGAGGCCUACAAAUCCGGAUUUGAGCGGCCAGGGGAGAUAGAGUUUGAAGACUACAGCCAACUGAUCAAUAGAACUUCAUCAGAAAAUAGCAUUGGUUCCCUUAAAUCGGAGUCAAAGGUUGACCAAAGGACCAUCAACAAAAGCAAGACCAAACGAUGGCCAUUCGGCAAGAAGAACAAGCUGGCAGUGUCUGAAGACUUCAGUCACCUCCCACCUGAGCAGCGCAGAAAGAAGCUUCAGCAGAAAAUUGAUGACCUGAACAAGGAGCUACAGAAGCAAGUUGACCAGAGGGAAGCUCUGGAUAAAAUGAAAGAUGUGUAUCAGCGGAACCCACAAAUGGGGGAUCCAAACAGCCUUGAGCCUAGAAUAAUCGAGACUAAUCAGCAUAUCGAUAGACUGCAUCAUGAACUUCAGAAGUAUGAGUCCUGGCUGACAGAUGCUGAAGGGAAGGUUAUUUCGCGAAGUGACAGCUGUGUACAGUACAUCCCCCACUGUGAUCGAUCGCCCUCCUUGAACAACAAUGGGUCACAUGAAAAGGAAAGUCCGGAUACAACCUACUCCGACGAUAGUGGACAGGAGCCAUUGCCACAGCCUCCAUCCCUCUCUGAAUUUGAUGAUUUUGAUGUGGAUGAUCUCAUUCAUCCAAUAGGAAGCUCAACUGCCCUGUAUCCAUUUGACGGUAGCAGUGAAGGAACCAUUGCCAUGGCAGAAGGAGAAGUGUUGCACCUGAUUGAGGAGGACAAGGGGGAUGGAUGGACUCGGGUCAGGCGGAACGAUGGCGAGGAAGGCUACGUCCCCACAUCAUAUGUGAAGAUCUCCCUCAGCAGGAUGUGAGCCGACUGGUGCCAGUGGCUACGGGACUUGCCCUCUGGUUUAAGUUGGCUUGUUUUCCAGCUUUGAACCAGCAUGGUGUUCUGAUGGAGCAUUCUAUGGGACAGGCAGCUCCUUGGACAAGUGGGAGAGGGACAGGGGUUACUUGACCAUCACUGGUCUUCACAUUGGAAAAAAACCUGAGAGUCACUUAGUUGCAUUUGUAAUAUCUUCGGCACAUAAUUAGGACAGCAUUUCUGAUCAUUCAAUUCACUUUAGGAAGACUGUUGCCUUGUGCAGUUCAUGCUGGUACAGUAAAUCCUGUUCUAAUGUACAUAUUGUGUAGUAAUAAUUGUAUUUAGGGGUGAGUUCCUGACUUUUAAUUGCAGAUCACUGAGGCCAUUCUUUUAUAUAGAUAUUUUACAUAGACUAUCCAUUUCUUUUAUGCACAAUUGUGGAAUCCUUUGCAUGGGUUAGAGCCACUCAGAACAUAGCCUGGAGUGUGAAGGCCUGAGGCAAGAAUUGCUCCCGCGACAAGAAAACUGGCCUCCCAAAGCAUCACAUUCCUUUACAGUGGCUGCACGGCCGUGCAUGUGAGGAGUGGACCAGCUGUUCUGAAAAGCAAUUGGACACAAAGAGUCCCAAAAAAGCCCAGCCUUGGCUUGAAUUGGCUGUGGCUCACACCGAGUGAAUGGACUGCUGGAGGCCAGCAUCAGUUUAGGUUAAUAGAUGGGGAGGGGGGAAAAGGGGUUCAUAAACGGCCCAGAAAUGAGGAGCAGCGCUCAGUGCACAGCCCAUCAAUGCUUUAGAUGGUGGGGAUGAUGUUCAACAGCAUUUGCAACUAGUUUAGGCCGUGGAUUUUGGGGGAAUCGGGAGGUAGGUACUGGGUUGCCUCUGGAAAUUUGUUGUGGGCAUGGAUGGUUAUAUCUGUUUGUGCAGUCAUAUAGAGUCAACUUCACUAAAAUUGAAUGUCUGCCAAUUUAUUGAUAUUUUAAGUGUAUAUUAUUAAAAGAAACAAAUCAAUGCAUUGUUAUAAGUCAGAGGUGAAUUGAGGGCAGACAUUUUGAGCCCUGACACUAACCUGUGGGGUCCUAACUCGAAUGGUCCUGUUGGUUCUUCUGUGGUAUUUGGUAAGCUGUCCAGAAUGUAGCCUAUUUGUUAAAUCGUGGUGGAAAAUAUAUGGUAAUGGAGCAUUUAUGAUGUUGUAGACCUAUAAUGCGCUUCACAUUACAAUAGGACAGUAACCUGGUUGUUUUCCUGCACGAUUCUAAUCCUGUAAUAAAAUAUUGUUCCAA